GAAAAAAAACCUCUCUCUCGUCGCAGAAACUCUAGUUCCGCCGGCUCGCCUGCGAUACUCUAUCUUUGUCCAGUCUCUAGCCAUCAAACAAAUCGUCUUAAACCCUGAAACCCUAGAUGAGAUGAGAUCAGAGAACAGAUCAAACACUGAGUCCACCGUUAGAAUCAGAAUCAUCUACAUUAUUUGCUCUUUUCGGGAAUCAAAAGAAUCGGAUUAUUAUAAUUAUUUGGUUCAACUUCAGAUAAUGGAAGCUAGAAGGCUUGCGAUCCUCUGUUCACACCUCAACCCACAUGGUCCGAACCCGUCCCGAGACCCGACUCUCAGGGUCUUCGGUUGCAGCUCUGGUUCGUCCGGCGACGACGGGAAAGUGGAACCAUCCAAUCUCCAAAACGACUGCGUUUUCUGUAAGAUUAUCCGUGGCGAGUCUCAAUGUCUCAAGUUGUACGAGGAUGAUAUGUGUUUGUGUAUACUGGAUACUAAUCCACUACGCAAUGGGCACUCUCUUAUUAUUCCCAAGUUACAUUAUCCAACUUUAGAGGAAACUCCUCCCUCAGUCGUUGCUGCCAUGUGUUCUAAAGUUCCUCUUAUCAGUACCGCUAUCGUGAAAGCUACUGACAGUGGGAAGGAUGUCUCAGCAAAGAAAAGCAAGAAGAAGACGGCAAAGGGUGAAGAAGAAGAAGAAGAGGUGGUGGCAAUGGAAGAGGACAAGUCAGAGAAAAAGAAGAAGAAAGAAAAAGGAAGAGGAAGAUGGAGACAGCAGAGGAGAAUGAGAAAUCAGAGAAGAAGAAAAAGAAGAGUAAAGCUGGAGGAGACGAGGAGACUGAUGAUGGCCACAUCACGAAGAAGAAGAAGAAGAAGUCAAAGAGUGCAGAUUAGGGAUGCAAAACAUAACAAACCCUGUAUUGUAUUUUUAUUUUUGAGUAAUGUCGGUUGCGUUUCGUUUUCUUAGUGAACUUUGGAUAAUUUUUGUUUUGGUCUGGAAACGAUGCGAGAUUGGUAACAUCAUAAUAUUGUUUAGGUUUCA